GAAAGGAUCAUUUUUAUUACCACUUUUAGUCUUUUAUUUAAAAAAAAAAAUGAUAAUAAAAAUAGCGAGUCUAUUCAGCGUUGUUAUCUCUACCCUAUACUGAGCAGCUUGACUGACCCUGGAAAAGUGAUCAUUUAUAGACAGGUGAGAACAGCAGAAACAGUCAUCAGGAACAACAGGAACAGUCAUCAUGGCCUGUACAACACUCAUUCUGGACGGUGGAUUAUCAACAGAAUUGGAGAAAAUGGGAUUUCACAUUCAGGGAGAUCCUUUAUGGAGUUCAAGAAUUUUGCAUACAAAUCCAAAUGCUAUUAAAGAUGUGCAUUACAGCUUUCUUCAGUGUGGAUCUGAUAUUAUCACAACAGCCACCUAUCAGGCUAGUAUUGAAGGAUUCACCAAGCAUCUUGGUCUUAAACCUGAGGAGGCUGAAGAUUUAAUGAUGUCAGGGGUCCGAUUGGCUAAGGAGUCCACAGCGGAAUUCAUAUCCAGUGGUUUAAAAGCAGACAGAAAAGUGCCUGUGGUGGCCGGUUCAGUGGGACCUUUCGGGGCUUUUUUACUCGACGGUUCAGAGUACACUGGGGUCUAUGCCAACAGCAUGAGUGUAGAGGAGUUGAAGAAUUGGCAUCGGCCACAGAUUCGCUGUUUGGUGGCUGCAGGGGUUGACAUACUUGCACUGGAGACCAUACCGAGUCUUAAAGAGGCAGAGGCCUUGGUGGAGCUACUGAAAGAGUUUCCUGAAGCCAAAGCCUGGCUCUCCUUUUCCUGCAAGGACACCCUGAGUAUUUCAGAUGGCAAUAAGUUUGCCACAGCUAUUCAGGUAGCUAAUAAGUCUGCUCAGGUGGUUGCUGUUGGGGUGAACUGUACUGCACCUGCCCUAGUGAAACCUCUUCUUGAAUCAGCAAAGUCACACAAGGCAGAAGGCACGAGCUGGGUGGUCUAUCCGAACAGCGGGGAAGACUGGAAUCCCAUCACAGGAUGGAUAACAGAAAAAAGGAUUCCAUUCACAGAGCUAAGUGUUGAGUGGAAAGAACAAGGGGCUUCUUGGAUUGGUAAAUCAAACAUUUUCAAUUUCUAUAUCUUAUGUAAAAAUAGGGAAACAAUUGUCCCUGAUUAUGGAGUAAAACCCAUGUUUUUUUUGUUGUUGUUUUGACAGGAGGCUGUUGCCGUAUCAGUCCUGCUGACAUUGCACAGUUAAAAAGUCUAUUAACUGAGACACAAAAUUGAAGAGUUGAAGUUCACACACAAACAUCACCACACUGAUUGAAAGAUUUUUUUUUUUUUUUUUUUUUUUAAAAACAAGAAAUUGUAUAAAUAUUUAUUUAAUCAAUAAAAGCAACCACCUAGUUCCAGUUCA